AUGUCAUAUUCAGCGCUUCUCACAGCACUCGCCUGCAUUUUGGUGAUAGUGCUUUACAAGCUACAUGAAUCGAAAUCAGCGAAAUUGCGUUUGGUGCAAUUAGAAUUUGAAAACUACGUGAAAUCGACAAAAUCAUCACAUGAUGAGCAAAAUCAGCAACUAGAAGCCUCCAAAAAGGAAUCAUCUGAGAAGCUUGAACAGUUCCGAAAACAAAAUGAACUUCUUGAGUCUCAGUUGAAAGAUUGUGUUAAAAAUACCGAGAAAUUGACUCUUUCCGAAGAGAAGUUGACCUCAGAUACAAUAAAUUUGAUGAAGAAGACCACAUCUUUCGAGAAGCAAACUGAUCAGUUGAAGGCUGAUUUACAAAAAGCUCAGAAACAUAGCCAAAAACUUGCCCAGGACUAUAAAUUCCAGUUAAACACUGGGAUAGAGAGUUUGGCUGUGGAGAAAGACUCGAGAAUCGCGGAGUUGGAAGAGUUAAUUGCCACCGCAGAACGUAAAAUACUACAACAAAAGGAGUUGUUUAAGGAAUCUGAGGGUGGUAAAGAUGAGAUUAUCAUUGAACUUCGUCGAUCGCAAGAUGCAAUGCAACAAAAGAUUGAGGAACUUGAAAAUGACAACAACCAUCAAAUUGAUAAAAUCAACCAACUUACCAAGGAUUAUGACCAACAGCAAAAAGAUUUGGAAGAGUUGAGAGCCACAUACAAGAUUAUGCACGAAGAUUACGUGAAAGUCUCUGGCGAUCUUGAUGAUACUAGAAAGGCUUUGGUCGAUCUUAAAGAAAGAGCAGAAAUACUCGUGCAGUCGGAAACAAAAUUAAACAAUGAGCUCAAGGAAACGAAGGCCGGAAACCACUCCUUGUCUGAAGAGAUUGAUUUGGCAACUAAAGAGCUACAAAUGUACCAAGCAUUUUUCAAAAGGUGUGGUGACUACGUCGAGGAUUUGAAACGCCUUGACCCUAGCUUUGCAGGGAUUGCCAAGCACCUCGAACAAGGCGCCACAAAUUAUGAGGCGGUGUCGUCUGGUGAAGACUACCAUUCAGAUGAGGAGUACAUUUCAGAUAUAAAGACCGGAGAAGUGGAUCAGAAUGAGUUUGCCAUAUUGACAAAGAAAGCAUCGAGGAAUACAUUCAGGCUAAUCGAAUGGUAUGUUGAAGAAUUGAGGGCACGAUUGGCUACAGAAAAGAACAUAUCAAGUAAACGGAAUUCGACCAAUAUUGACUUAAAGAAGGAGGUUACACAAGUCAAGGAUCAGUUAAGUAUCGCUGAGUCAAGAAAUGUUGUAGUUUUGUCCAGUAUUAUUGAGUCACGGAAAUUGAUGGAAGAUGAGCUUGCAAGUGGACCAUUGAAUGAGACAAAAUUGAAGCAGAUUUUGCAUGAAGCGUAUGGAAAGAUUGAAGAUAGUUUGAAUGCAGAUGGUGUUGAGAAGGGAGAGAAGCCUGAGCAACAAGAGAAAGGUGGAUACUUGCCAAGCAAUGUUAUAGACGCUGUAAAUGGUACUGUCUCGGAACGUGUCAGUUCAAACGAAACUGAAGAAAAUGAAGUAGCGAACCAAAAGGAUAGCAAGGCAUUCCCACCGGAUGAUUCUAAAUCCAAUGUCGAUAAUGCGGAGGAUAAUAAUCCUAAGACAUCUGAUUUGAAGUAUACUGAGGUUGAGAACACUAAGGGGUUUGAUAGUGAAGAUAAUUAUCACUAUAAGACCCCUAAGGAAUCGAUUCAGGAAUCAGGUAGGAAAAACACAGUGGAGGAAUUGCCUACAAGCAAACCAGAGGUCAGGAGUCAGGAUUCUUCAAAGCCAAUUUCAAGAAGCACGACUCCUUUAACAGGCAAAAAAACCAAGCAACCACUUGCUUCCAUGUGGGAGUCUAUUAAUACGACAGGUGCAACUAGUAAUGUGGAUUCAGAUUUCGCUCCAUCUGCUCCUGUUUUUAAAACUGUGACGCAGAAUUCUUCCACACCACCACCAACAACCAUACCAGUUACCAAGGAUGAUGCUAAAAGUGAUAAUGAAAGUAGAACUUCUCAAGCGGGUGAUUCUGAAGGAGCAAAUACAGAAGAGGCAAGUUCGACAGAACAAGAAGAUGCAGCCACAUUUGAUACUUCUAAUGAGACCAAAUCCAAUGAAAAUACAGAUGCUAAUGCAUCAAACCAAGGCGCUGUCUCUGAAGAAAGUGAGUCGACAUUGGCAAAAAUCGAUGCAAAGCUACAUGAUGAUGUAAUAGCGGAGGAGAAAACUGCUCAGGAUGAGAAGUCGUUAGGAGAGGAGGAGGUCAAAGAGGACAAAGAAAUCUUGAGCAGAUAUGACAUCGUAGCAGCUGAAAGCGUUGGAGAUAGUGUCGGGACAGAUGUACCAGUUGAUCCUCUCUCUAACGAACCUGAAUCGGUGCUCCAUUCAAGGAGUGUUGGUCAAGAAAAAUUUGAAGCCUUCAAGAGAGAUUUAGAAGAUGCAAAGGAAAAGGAUCAAGCUGGAAAUAAGUCUAAUACUCAGAAUGGAGAAACAGGCUCUACAAAUGAUAAAGCUAAGAAAGAUGAACCAUCAAAUAAAAACACAAAUUUGGACCCUGAAACUUCUAGUGUUGAAAGACUGGAGGGAAUAUCACUGUCUAAGAUAGACGAGGAUGAUUCAACUUUUGCCAAGUCUAAUUCGGGUGAGAAAACUACUGCAACUGAAGCAAAAGGGUUGGGUACUACUAACGUUGAUGAUAAUAUAGAGCCCUCUGAAGCUCCAACGUCGGAAAAGAAAGUGGCAAGCGCUACUCCUAAAGCAGAUGAAGAAAAACCAACCUUAUCAACGAAGCCAGAGAAAGGGCAAGCAGAAUUAACCCCGCAACCGGAUAAUGAGGAACAACCAUCAACUCCUAGCUUAGAUGAAGGAAAACAACCAUCAACUUCACAGCCUCCUAAAGAAACAGCAGCCACUGACUAUUCAGCAUCAGUAGGUACUGAGAUUGCGGAAAAUAUUAUUGAAUCUCGUGAACAUACUGAAAGUGUUGUCGAGGAAGUCAAAGAUUACACGUCGCAUAAUGCAGAAACUAAUAAACAGAUUUACCAUGAGAGUGACAAACAUAAGGAUGAUGAUGCUAAUAGUUCAACUUAUUCAUUUAACGAAAAGGAAGAGGAUGUUAGUGAUGAAGAAGUCGCCAAGAGCCAAGGAUCAAUUGACAGUGAAUCUCCCACGGAUAACAAUGAUAGUUUAAGUUUAGGAGAUGCCAACGAUAAACAAAGUUCAAUAGCCAAGGAUGAUGUUGUCUCUAAUGAAACACCAACAAAGCCCCUGACGUCUAAUCAAAGUCCAAGUAAGACUAGCUCGAAAUCAAAUUCAGGUUCCCCCACUAAACUGAAGUCGAAGAAGAGUAAAAAGAAGAAAUCAAGGACUGGAUUUUGA